UUUGGAAAGGGAAUAUACGACACGAGAAAAGAUGUCUGUCGAUUAUCUCUCGCAGAUUUGUACUUCUGCUGUCAGCGAAUCAUUAUCCAAUGGAUUUAGCAACAAAUUUACCCGUUUUGCAAGCAACUUUGAGAUAUCUUUCAGGAGCACAUUACGGACUCUUAGGUUGAUUAGUGAAUCCUCAUCACAAGAGAAAAUGUAUCAAUUGGACCAGCAAGAUGUUACGAUUUCAACAUCCAACAUGCAUUCACUGGGGUCUAUGGACGAAGGAAGUUGUUCAAGCUCUUUGAAAGAGUUCGGAGCAGAACCAGUUGUGUGCCAUUCUGACGGUCCAGAUCAUCUAAACAUGUUCAAGGAGGCACAAGAACAUAUUCCAAGAGAUUCUAUAAAUUGCCAGAUUAGCCAACAAAGAGAGGAAAAUCAACUUGCUUGUGUUUUUCAUAGCAUAUCUGGACCUCCUGUUAUCAGCCAGCCCAUAAUAAGCACCUUUGAGAAAUCCGUUGUGGAACAGACUCGAUCUAAUGACCUUAAGGAAUUGGAACUUGGUCUUGUCAUGAAAAAGCUGAAGCUAAAAGAAGCGCAGCUCUCUCUCACUCAUGAUGCGAAUCGUCUGGGGAGAUCAAAGUUGGCUAUGGGCAUAUCAAAAGUAUCCUUUAAGGAAGAAAAGUUCAAGAAUAAAUUAGAAGACACGAGACAUUCAGAGCUACGUAAAAAGUGCAUAGAUUGUUUUGGUGCUGGUUUAAUUAUGAUGUUAAUUUCCCUUGUAUAUGGAGUUUAUGUUUUUUCCUACCAAAGACUCACUGAAGCGACCAAAUCCUGUUCACCUUCAACCCAGGCAAGAACUUUUUCUUCUCAAUCCAGGUCUUGGUGGAUCCCAGAGCCUGUGGUGUCUUUUAAUUCGGUAUUUCAAAUGCUGACAUGUCAGUUCCAAGUUCUGAGCCACAUGCUGUUCGGUGUCCCGAUGAUCCUCAUCAUCAUUUAUCUGCUCCGUCAGCGGUCCCCAACUUCAAACCAAACAAUGCCGGUUACUUUUCUGCUGUUAGGCUUGGCCUGUGGAUUCGCAGGAAAGCUCUGUGUUGACACUUUGGGAGGAAGCGGAUAUCAUUGGCUCUUCUUCUGGGACACUCUUUGCUUCCUGCAUUUCUUGUCGAAUAUAUGGACGUCAAGACUGUUUAUCAUUCUCCACGGGCCCGUUUCCACAUCCCAAGGGACGAGGAGCGAUGCGGUGAUGGUUCCAUACUGGUUUCGGAAGAUUUUAUUCUAUGUUGCUGUUCCAAUCUUUCUUCCUCUGUCAUGUGGCCUUAUUCCUUUUGCAAGUCCGGUCGAGUGGAUGUUUCAUUUCUGGCAGCUCAUUGUGGACCAUCUGUCUAAUUAAGGGAAAGUGAUUGGAGCUAGCCGAAGCAGAUGGAAGGUGUAGAGAAGUUCAAGUAGGGUAAUCAUAUUUAUUAUAGGGCUCGAGCGCAUUAGGGUUUGGAUUUGAAACUUUUUGUAAUGGGCAGUGUUGUAUUUUAUUUAGAAGGGGUGCGUUUGGGAAGAC